ACUCCCCUGCCAGUGUGUGCAGGGGCCGGGGCUGAGAGACACGGACAGCCCUUCUGGGCUGACCUUAGCCUAGCAUCUGCUAAUGAUUCCCCACCUUGCCUCCACCUCUCUGCAGUGGGCUGUGUUUAAAAAGACUGUCCCGGAGUAGGCUGAGCUGGCUGGAGAGCAGAACUCACGAUGGGCAGCUUCCUUGGACCUGCAGCGCUCUUUCUGUUCCUCUUCCAGCCUGCGAGCCCGUUCUGGCUUUUAGAUGUGCUGUUCCCACCCAGUUCCACUCCAGAAGCUGCCCUCGCCAACAACACCCCUCCUGUGGUGCUUGUUAAAGGAAAGGCCAAGCUAAGACGACAGCCUGAUGUUGGUCAACUGGAUGUUAACUAUCAUAAAAGGCUAGAGGACUACUUCACCAUCUGGCUGAACCUCAACAUGUUCCUGCCUCUGGGGGUGGACUGUUGGAUUGAUAAUACCAGGGUGGUAUACAACAGGACAACCCAGAGAAUGUCCAAUGCACCAGGUGUCCAUGUCCGAGUCCCUGGGUUUGGCAAAACCUACUCUGUGGAAUAUCUGGACAGCAGUAAACUGGUUGGGUAUAUGCACACCCUGGUGCAACAUCUGGUCAAUAAUGGCUAUGUGAGAGAUCACACUGUGAGAGCUGCUCCUUAUGACUGGAGGACUGGACCCAAUGAUCAAGAAGAAUACUUCCACAACCUUCGUGCCCUUGUGGAGGAGAUGUAUGAUGCCUACCAGAAGCCAGUCUUCCUCAUGGGCCACAGCCUGGGCAACCUUCUUAUCCUGUACUUCCUGCUGCAGCAGCCACAGGACUGGAAAGACCAUUUUGUCCAAGGCUUCAUCUCUCUUGGGGCUCCCUGGGGGGGAGCUGUGAAGUCCUUGAGAGUCAUGGCUUCAGGUACCAACCAAGGCAUCCCGAUCAUGUCCAGCGUCAAGCUACGUGAAGAACGGCAACUGACCACCAGUAAUCCAUGGUUGUUCCCAACUGGAAUGGCUUGGCCAGAUACUCACACCUUCAUCUCUACUCCCUUCCACAAUUACACAUUACGUGACUACAAAAACUUCUUCACUGAUAUCAACUUUGAGGAUGGCUGGUACAUGUGGAAUGAUACUAAGGACCUUCUGAAAGGACUGCCCCCUCCAGGUGUGGAGGUGUACUGUCUGUAUGGCACUGAGCAACCCACUCCAGUGACCUAUAUCUAUGAUGAUCGCUUCCCCUAUGAGGACCCUGUGGAUAUGGUGUACGGGGAUGGGGAUGACUCCGUCAACAAGGGCAGCCUAGAACUGUGUAAGCGGUGGCAUGGUCAGCAGAAAGAAAAGGUGCACGUUAUGGAGAUGCCUGGGGUUGAGCAUCUCAACUUGGUCUUUAAUAACCUCACCUUGACCUAUGUCAAUGAAAUCCUGCUUGGAAGCUUUGGGAAUACUACAACUGCAGAGGAUGAAGGAGGAGAGGAAGAGAAAGGCCCUUUAGAAAUGCAUCCCACAGCCAGAUGAAAGAAGUGAAGGAUGCCGAUGGCAGCCCGGGUGCUCCCAGGUGCCCAUUGGGAACUAAACAAAAUGGUGGCCUGUACUUAUCUAAAUAGCUUCAUCUUCUUUUAGGUUGCGGGGGAAGAAGUGUGCUUUACUAUGGUACAGAAGCAUGGUCACUCUUUUGCUCUAUCAUAUCUACACUGCAAUAUAUGCUACAUCCAUAGGCACUGUUACUAAUACUUCCCCCAGCCCUUUUAUUCCGAUAGGGAAAGAUUGCAAAAACCCUCUUGGCAAUUAGCUACUUCAUAUACUGCACUGGCAAUGAGAUCGGAAGGCAUAAGGGUUCGUGCUUUUCUAAUUCUGUCUGAACUGAGGCUAUUGAGGUAUGAGCGUGGUUAUGUUUGCUCCACUUUAAGACACCUGGCAAGCAGAGAGUUGCUGGAAAAAGCAAAAUAUUCCCUGUUUUUGGUAGGCUCCACCCUACUUUAUAUGGAUGGCAAGCAGGGGGCUGGUCCACAAUCUUGCCACUAGAACAGUGGUUCUCAACCUUCCCAAUGGCUACGACCCUUUAAUACAGUUCCUCAUGUUGUGGUGACCCCCAACCCUAACAUUUAUCCAUUUUAUAGAUGGAGAACACUGAUGCAGAGAGUCUUAGGUGACCCCUGUGAAAGGGUCGUUCGACCCCCAAAGGGGUCCCGACCCCCAGGUUGAGAACCACUGGACUAGAAGACUGACUGGCUCCCACUGCUGGACUAUGCAUUCUCACAGAAUGGUUCAGUUAUAUAGACAAAUGCCAAUUUCUUAAAGUCUGCGAGCUUGGAUUUGCCUUGCUCAUCCUGGCUGUCUGGUGGGGCAGGAGUAGUUUGUAAAACAAAGGUAAGGUCAGACUGAAACUCCCUUUCCCAUUCAACUCUUGAUAGGAGAGGAACUCUCCUUUUGAUCACCCUCCCGAAUGGGGAGUUGUUUACCUUGGCAGUUUUCGCAUCCUUGCGUAACUUCUGUUAGUUGUGAGCUUAAGUGCAAAAAUUAUGUUAUCUGGAAAGUUAAAUUCCACAAUGUUGUUGCAAUACAACAUGACCAAAGGCUGGAUUUAUGAGAUACUAUUGAUUUAUGUAACAAAGACUUCAUUCAGUGCAAGUGGAAACGGCUUCAAGUCAAGGGGAUGACCCCAUGUCCUCAGAUGCUGAGGAGAGUAGUGAUGGAAAUAGGUGAUAAAAGGACGGGUGUUGGGGCAGAGUGUGAACACACCCCGACCUUGCAUCUAUGUGGAGACGCUGUGCUAAGAUUCUACACCACACAGUCCACAGCAGAAAUCAGGCAGGGUAAUGCUGCGCAUUUCCAGAGAUGCCACUCAUCUAGUGCUUUGUGAACUGAUUUACUAUUGGGAAAGAUGUUGCCAAUCUUUUAUGUAGUGCUUCCUUCUGAAAUACAAAUGACAUCAUAAAAGUCCUCUAUUUGAAAAA